AUGUUCGAGAAUAUGCAGUUUACAAAUAGAUGUAAAAAUGAGCUGAAAAGCAAAAAUUGGAUUUGUUUCGGAUCGACCACCUUCAUCAAUAUCAGCAAGGAUAAAGCAGUAAAAAUGAUCGAAGAUGACAUAAAAGGGACAGAAGAAAGAAUUGAAUCAGCAAGAGAGGAGCUCAAAAAUAGGGUGGAUGAAUUGAGGAAGAUGGAGCACGCAAAGGAUCUCGAAGAACUUGGCUUCAAGUUGCAAUCAAUCGUCUAA